CUAUUAUCUAUAAACCUUGCUAGUAUCCAUGCUCUAUGUAUCAAUAUCAGUGACACGGUUUUAAAAGAUAUCUUCUAAAGGUCCUCUUUUACAAUAGCAGUGGUAAACUCGAAUUUAGCUGAACCUCGGUUAUCAACUAACUCCUAGGUUAACUUAUUGCCAGUAUGCAGUAAUACGGUAUUUUAAAUUGAAAUCAGAAUUAAACUACUAUUGUAGAACAGGAACUUAUAAGACCGUGAUUAAUGAUAUGGCAGUUCUGUGAUAAAAUUAUAUUUAUGUGGACUGAUAAGAUAUGAACAUUUAUACUCAGUUAAGAAAUAUGUUCAACAGUUAACUGUGUUUUAAACAACAAGCAUCUUGAAUUUUCUAUUAAAGUUUUUUUUUUUUAGAGAAUCCUAACAGUGCCUUUAAUAGGGAUAAAUCCUUCUAUUUUAUAUGUUGAUUUCAUACAAAUAAAAUGAAUUAUUUGUCAAAUAGUGAAAAGGCAUUUAAACUCUUAAAUGGUAUAGUAUGUUUGUACAAACCGGCUGGAGUAAGUUUAAAAGGUUGUCGCCAUUCAUUGCUGUUAAAAUUAUGCCAGGAUUUAAAUUCAAUGGAUGUCAGACCACCAGAAAAUCGAGUUAUAAUUUCCGGUGACACUACAAAAUCACUAGAAGUUAAACUAGAACCUAGUUAUGCGGACAACGUACUUGUUGUUGGUCCCAGAUAUCAGAGCAAAGAUCUUAAAUGUAUUUGGACUACUCAUUUAGGAAUGCGUGUUUCAGGUGUUUGUGUCAUGGGACUGAAUAAAGGUACUAAAAUGGUGAGACAUCUUCAAGAAAAUUAUCCAUUGCGGACAUAUCAUUUACAUGGGCAAUUGGGAAUCAUGACCAAAAACAUGCAUAUUGAUGGUCAAGUAGUUGAAAAGGGACGUUUUGAUUUUGUGAAACGUGAAAAUAUCGAUAAACUUAUGUCUACAAUACAAGCCUCAAAUCAAAAAAAGAUGUUUCAUCUUGCCAAGGUUGAUACUCAAACUCAAAUGGCAUACGAUUUAGCUACUAAAGGCUUAAUCAGACCAACAUCAAGUAACGAGCCUUUAAUUUAUGGCAUAAAAUGUAUCAGUCUAGAGUUGCCUAAUUUUGUUAUUGAAGUUAAUGUUAUUAAUGAGUAUGAAAGCUAUUUAUUAUCAUUAGUUCAUGAAAUUGGACUGAAGUUAAGGUGUUCAGCUACAUGCACCGCAUUACGUUGCAUAAGAUAUUCAUCCUUCAAUAUUAAUCAAGCCCUUUUAAUGAAACAUUGGAAUCUUCAAUAUGUGUUGGAUAAUAUAAAAGAAUGUAAUUCUUCAUACGAUAAAAUAAACCAUUUAUCUGCAUUUGUCGCAGAACAAUCUCAGUUAGAAACUAAUCAAAAUAUGACCAGUGUAUAAUAAUACAGACAUACAAUUUAAGUAAAAUUUAUCAAUAUUACUAAAAAAUGGAGGAGAAAUUACCAAAGUAAAAUUCGGAAAAUUAUUAUGGUAAUUU